GACACCAACAUCAAUCUAUUACUGCUGGCUACGGUACAUGGUGUGACAGGUGCGUGAGUAGAUGCAUGUAGGAGAAUGUCCCACCAGCGAUACCAAUCAUGGAUUCAUCACAGGUAUAUGAUGAUGUCGAAAUGUUAACCAAGGCGGGCAGCGUUGAGGUGACUAAGUGUAACAUCACCAAGGCCGUUAGCAAAUAUCAAGAAGCCUAUGAGAUAGCACAGAGAUUGGGAUCAGGAGAGGUCUAUGUGUCAUGUGCUUGCAACCUUGGAGCAGCUUUACUGUCACAGGGAGAUCCAGAUUCUGCCAUUCAACAUUUGGACCAAGCGCUGAAAAGGUUAGAAGAGGAAGAACCACCGAAAACUGAAACAUUAAGGGGUGACAUACUGUUUAAUCUUGGACUCGCUCAUGCCAUGAGAAAAGACCUUCAAAGUGCGAUACAGUACUUCUGUAAUGCUAUUCAUGUCUUUAGAGAAUGCUCUGAUUUGAAGGGAUUUGCCGAUUCUUGCCAACAAUGUGGAGAGCAACAUGUGAAACUGUCCCAACUUCUGAAGGCAGCAAAAUAUUUUCGGGAGGCUGCGGAAGGUUAUCACAACUCAGGACGUGCUUUCUUGGCUGCCAAGAUGGUAGUUCGUCAGGGACAGUGUCUUCAUGAUAGUGCAAAGUCAGAGGAAAGUCUUAGUGUGCUGCACGACCUUGAAAAAUUCUACUCACAGAUAGAAAACAGUACCACUGACUCAGGAAAAUUAGCCAAGCUGUUCUGUGAUGCAGGGUGUUUGCUCUUCCAGCUCCGAUCACCUAAGAGUGCCUGUGUGUGGUUACAUCGAGCCCUGGAUGUGAUGAGGUCAACCAAACACAGUGAAAGGAGCAAUGAGAAACUUGAGGCUCGAAUUCUGUUGGCUCUAGGGGAAGCGUGUAGCGCCCUCUGUGACUUCACAAAGGCAGUCAUGAUCAAUAAAGAAGCAUCUGCAUUAUAUGGGAAGCUGGAAAAUAAAAAAGCUAGAGGGAAGUCUUUCUACCAGCUUGCUGAGGCAUACAGACAUCUAGGAGAUCAUCACAGUGCUGAGAAAUACUACCACAUUGCUUACCAGACAUUAGAAGAUGCAGGUCUCCACGGCUUCCUUUGGCAAGUUUUGGAAGGACUCGCUGACCUGAAUUACCAACGACGACAAUUAGAUACAUCUAUUUCCUAUUACAAGGAGACAGUUACUCAACUCAGUCAUAGCGAUGCGCAUCCUUCCAUCCAACGUCACAUUGUCAGUAAACUAGCCACCGCCCUGGAAGUUCAGAGAGUGGGCGUGGUUAAGGCGGAGGCUUACAAGAAGAGAGUACCAGUCCUAGUUGAACCUGAAAAGGAUCUUGGACAGCCUGUGUCACACAAGAAUAGUUCACCAGACAUUCCCGUUAUACAAUCACCAAUCUAUGCACCAUUAACAUCAACAAGACUUAGCCUGUAUUCCAGCAUGGAUCAUAGCGUGGACAAGAGAACAAGGUUAGAUGUACCUGGAAGAAAGAAGAAAAGGAAAUCCAAGAGACAUGGACGCAGACGGAGUGGAUCUUUUGAUAGACCUGUGACAAAGGGAGUUGGAGAGUACGAUACAGAAACAGACAUUUCUCUGGUUGGGAGGUCCAAGAAAGGAAAGAAAUCUUAUUACAGUAAACUCUCUAGGCUGGAGAGUGAAGAAGUGAAAUCGACGGGGCAAAACAAGGUAGCACCAAGAAGACUUCUAUCGCAUAUCAAAGGAUUGGAAAUUGAUGAAGAUGGUGCAGCACCAACAGUUUCAAGUGUUGAUGAUUCGACUCAGAUGGAGGUGUCACCCGUGACCAAGCACCCUAUCCACAAAGGGCUGAAUACAGACUCCUUUUCAGAGAGUGACACAGCACCCAACAGAGGGCGCUCUGCAAGUCAGACAGUCAUAACAGAUGACGAUUCCUCCAGUUCCACCAGCAAUGAGGAUGAUGACAUUGAAGAUGACAGUGAUGAAGAUGACUCAUUGACUCAGGUCUCAAGUGAUGAGGAUGGAUCAGAGUAUUCAUCUCAAGAUGACUCUGAGGAGGAUACUAAUAAUUUUGAGGAGGAAUUGAAACAUUUAAGUGAAAGUCCAAGGCCUGGAUUGGGCAAUACAUACGAGUAUCCAUCAACAAGUGAACCAAUGUACGCUACCAUUAAAUCAAGAAAACUCUCAUCUGGCCAAGCUAAAGACAGACUAUAUGAGUCACUAGACAGCACUGCAUCCACAGCCUUACUCACCUCAACAAUACCAAAGAGAUCAGCACCCUCUCUUCCAAGCCCACCUGAGCCACCUAGAGGCCCUCGGCCAUCACAGAGAGGCGACAGCCAAAGCAAAGAUGAGAAAAAGCCUGCUAGGGCAUCUUGGGAUGGCGCAACAUACCCAGAAUCCUCAGUCCUUAGCAUCCUGCCCAGAGGUCAAAGAGAGAUUGGUUUGUACCAAGUUGCAAGGCUGGAACAGGAACGGAGGGCAACCAACUCAAGGAGUAGCAUAUCAACAACAACCAGUGAAGCUAAGGUGCCAAAGUCAAGGGCCUGCAUUGUGAUGUAAAAGACACUGCAAAAGAGGAAGUGUCAGGGCUCAGUGACAGGUGUCACCGUCAACUAGUGAAGCUAAGGUGCCAAAGUCAAGGGCCUGCAUUGUGAUGUAAAAGACACUGCAAGAGAGGAAAUGUCAGGGC